CCUGAAACCAACUUUGAAAGGAGAAUGUUGUCGCUAUUUUAGUUUCGUUUUACGAAGAACGCUUUGCGGAGUUUUACUGCGUAAAAGGUGUGCUUUUUUAUAGGUGAUCCGAUUGUCGUUCAUGUUUAAUUUGAAAUCGUUAAUGUUGGAAUCGACUGGAUCCAUUUAAUGUGAAAGGGUUGUGAAGAAAAGAUUCUGGUUAGCGGACUCAAUCUGUGAUCCAUCUACGAGCAACAACAAUGGCUUCAUUUCAGCCAGCCAGUCAUCUAUUUGAACGAAACAUAUCCUUGAACGAUUUGGACUCGGCUUUGGACGUGAGAGAAAUCGUACGCAGAGAUGUCGUGGUGCCAGAGGACGUCACGAAACACCGCUAUCUCGACUCGUCGACCAAGUAUUCGUUCGUGCUAACGUCAUUUCAAGAUUUCACUAUCGAGUUCCGCAAAUUCGUGUACAGCUUUCUAGUCGACGGCUAUAUUCUCAGGGAACUUGAAGCCGCGAGGAGACUCAAUUGGUGUUCCUCCUUGGGCCGUAUGGUCACGGUGAACACUCUGGGUGAUGGAAACUGUCUUAUGCAUGCAGCUUCCAUUGGCAUGUGGGCAGUGAACGACAGAUAUCAAACACUGAGAAAAACUGCCUACGAAGCAUUACUGGAGGACGUGGAAGGUACAAGAUUUUACCAUGGCCGUUGGAAAGCUGAAGAAGAACAGCAGAUACUACAUCAGAUUGGUGGAUACGACAGAACAGAGGAACAGUGGAAUCAUGAAUGGGAGGAGGUUAUCAGGCUCAUUUCUCAGACUGAGUUCCCAUGUGGCCCAAAUGGUGCUCAGUUUGGAAGCCUUGCAGAAAUUCACAUCUUUGUCCUUGCUAAUAUUCUGCGUCGUUCCAUCAUUGUGGUGUCAGAUGACACCCUGAGGGGACCUUAUGGCGAUUCGUACUCUCCAAUAAACUUUGGAGGUAUCUAUUUACCUCUGCUCUGGGACUCUGUUGACUGUGUGAAAAGUCCGUUGGUAAUUGGCUAUGCAGGUGGACAUUUCACAGCAGUUAUCAGUAUUCAAGAUGGUAAAAUGGAUCUAGGCAUUGAAAACAAUCCAACAGCAAGCAGCUCAAGUAAUUGCAUUCAUGCUGUGCCAUUAGUAAAAUAUGAUGGAACUCCAUUACCUGUUCAUUUCCUUUACGAUCAUGAAGCACCAUUAGCAAGUGACCGUGUCCGCCAGUACUUAGAUUGUGCAAAGGUACCCUUUUCAAGCAAUCAAGGAGAAACCAGGCAAACAGUUCUUGUUGCAAAACUGCACUUUUCAGAGCAACCACGCUGCAUGAAAGAGCUCAUUGAUGGGUACUUCAGGAAGGCUAGGGAGGAACACCAGCGAGUAUCAAGACACAGUCAACUUCAUGUUCAAUUGCAACCAGGUACCAAACAGCCAGCUCUACAGAUUGUGGAAUGUCAAACUCAGGGCUGCAGUUUCUUUGGAUCCACAGAAACUGGUAACCGCUGCUCUAAAUGCCUAAAUGAGUUUCUAAGGACCUUGGGACCUGCUUCUGAACCAAGGCAACAUGUUCCUACAGGACAGCCAAUUACCUCCCCGCAACCUGUUGCAGUAACAGCACAACAAGCACCAAAUACCAGUGCAUGGCAACACAUCGUAACAACACAGGCAGCACCUACUACGAGCGUGGCACCUUCCAUGACCCUCCCUACAGCGAGGUCUGUUAAAUGUCGUACCACAGGAUGUAAGUAUGGAGCUAUUCCUAAUGGAGGUGGUCUUUGUGAGAGGUGCUCUGAAGCUGAGAGAAGUGCCGAAGAAAUGGCAGCAAGCAUGAAUCACAUGAGUCUGGCCUCAGCAAAGCAUUGUUCAAACAGUGUGAAUGGCUGUGAGUUCUUUGGCUUGCCUGAACAUCAUAACUUGUGUUCCAGGUGCUACAGAACCUUCUGUCUUAAUAUGGAAAACACUUUGGGAGUGCUGUCCCCUACUGGAUUACCACCAAGCAGUCCCACAGCAUCGACACCACCAGACCAAUGCCAGAUUCAAGGAUGCCUAUCUCCUGGUGUCCCUGCAUUGUAUGGUAUGUGCGUUCAGUGCUACACUCGUUGUAUACAUUCCUUUAUACGUACUCAAGGAAGAUCUGUUGGAGGUGCGACGCAAACUAGACCACAUCAGCCAUCACCACCAGUGGAUGUCAUGAGAAAGAAACAGUUACCUACAGGUGGGAGGAACAAAGGUGUCCUAUGUGCUUCUCCUGGUUGCUGCAAUGAGGGAAUCUUUCAUUUGUCUGACCUAUGUGCAGAAUGUCAUGCAAGGAACACUGCUCCAUCUUCACAGACGAGAAAUGCUUCAGUGACCACAGCAGGCAUGGCAAGUUUUCCAGUACCUCCACCUCCUCAGAGCUCCGUGACAGCAACAGCUUCUUUGACAGCAACAGCUUCUGCUGCUUCUGGUCAUCAACUCACAUCAGCACUUACAAGUGCUAUUGGCUAUAAUAAUAAUUACUGUUCCAAUCCAAUGUGUCGCAAUCCAAGAAGAAAGAAUGGAAGAGGCUUAUGUCAGAGAUGUGAAAGUCUGAGCACUGGCUCCUUGCAAGUCAAUCCUACAGUUAGUUUGCAACAGCCAACGAGACCGUUUGAUGCAGCUACCACAGUAUCAAGUAUGCCACCAAGGCAAAACACACUAGCUUACUCAAGUGCCAUGUCACAAAUGUAUACCACUUCUGAGAUGGGCCUUCCACGUCAAGUGACCUCAGCUCAAUUACCACCUUCUGGAGCUAACACUGGCAAGUGUGUCGUGGGCUGUGGAAAACCAGCAGUGCAGGAAGGUGGUUUGUGUGAGCAGUGCUAUGCUGCAGCUUAUCAGCUGGAACUUAACAGACAAACAGUUUCCCAGCCAUCCAGACAACAAAGACCCGUAGCAUCUAGAUCAGUCACAAGAAACCAGGUGGAACAAAGCAAUAUUGCUGAGACCAGCUCUGGUAGCAAUAUUCAACAGACCGAGGCAACAGCAGCCAAGAAAAAGGCAACACUGCUACCAUGUCCUUCUAAAGGAUGUAUGCAGUUUGGCAGCCCAGAGAAAAAUGGCCUUUGCGAUGAUUGCUAUCACAAGAAGGGCAACCAACAGCAAGGUGCAUCAGCAGCUACUGGAGCUAAUGAGCAACAACAGGCUUCAAACCACACGUGGGACCUCCGCAAUACUCACAAUACUGUAGAGAAUCAUCAGUUCGGCAACAGAUCUUAUGGACUACAAGGUCCUGUGCAAGUCUCCCAGAUUCAAAGUCCGUCAUAUGAGUCUGGCACAAGUGGUCAGAACUCGAGUUUGGGAAAUGGUGCCUUACAUGGUCAGAAAUGCUGUGGGACCAACUGCACCCUGUUUGGAACACCAGAGAUGAAUGGCUACUGCUCCAGGUGCUUUUUGGAAAGCACAAUACCUCAGUCAUACCCUCAUUCAAUUCCAGAUUUCCCAGCUGAAGUUUCAUCAUCGUCUGUUGCAUCCUGCACCACAUCAACAGAACAGUGCAGAGUAACUGGUUGUGCCAAUGUUGCCGCAGCAGACAGGCAUGGUCACUGCCAAAAAUGCUUCACAAGAUUUUACCCAGACGUGGUUCAUCGUGAAGCAGUUGUUGAAAGGCAGAUGUCUGAAUUGGCUGAAACUGUUAAUUAGUUAUUGUAAAUGGAAAAAAUCUUGUUUGAAUUGAACACAUUAUGAUUAUAAUCUUAAAGCUACACUGAUGAUUUAUGGCAGAUGUAUGUGUAUGCCUUAGUUCACAGUGCUGAUCAAAAAAGGAGAACACUAAAACUGACAGUGGAUCAUGUCACAAAAGUAAAGCAAGUCAAAUUUGAGAUCAGUAAUAAUAUUGUGAACAGUCCUUCAAGUCAAUGAAUUCAUCUGUUUGGGGUCUUAAUUGUUAAUUACCUAUCUUGCUUGAAUUCAUAAGCUUUUGUGACUGAGGCAGUUAGGGAGAAAUCUUACUACUGAGGAAAAUUCAAUGGGCUUAAAUUUCUUAAAGAAGCGGUGCUGGUCAUUUUAACAACGAGCAAUUGAUGAUUUGUGCUGAGAAGUUGUCUUUCUUUUCUCCCCAGUACAGUACAAAUAUUAGAAAGAAGCGGAGUUGUGGGAAACAUCCUGGGCUGUUCUUGCAUGCUGAUUAUUCUGUCAUGAUUAAAGGCUUAGAGAAGGUUGGAGAAACUCAGUUUCUCAGACUAUGAAAAAAAAA